CGGCUAAGAAAACUACAAUGACCAGCAUGCAACAGCGCGUCCGUCUCCAGGAAGUUUGGACAGGCCGAGACGCAGCGUGAGCGAGGAAGGGUUUCGUGGGGUGGCGGGCGAAGCGGGGCACGGAGGGGGGGACAGCAGGCAUGUCGCGCUGCACGAAGAAGAGGAAGCUGGACAAGAGCGUGCAGGACCACCUGUACUUCGACAGCUACGCCGAUGUGAGCAUCCACGAGGAGAUGAUCGCGGACAGCGUGCGCACCGACGCCUACCGGCUGGGGAUCGCGCGCAACGGCGCGGCCAUCCGCGGCAAAGCGGUCCUAGACGUGGGCGCCGGCACCGGCGUGCUCAGCGUGUUCUGCGCGCAGGCGGGCGCGCGCAAGGUGUACGCCGUGGAGGCGAGCUCCAUCGCCGAGCAGGCGGCGCAGAUCGUGCGGCUGAACGCCGUGGCCGACCGCGUGGAGGUGAUCCGCGGGCGCCUGGAGGACGUGGAGCUGCCCGAGCCCGUGGACGUGAUCGUGAGCGAGUGGAUGGGCUACGCGCUGCUGCACGAGUCCAUGCUCAACUCGGUGCUCGUGGCCCGCGACCGCUGGCUGCGGCCCGGCGGCCUCAUGCUGCCCUCCCGCGCGGAGCUCUUCGUGGCGCCCGUCAGCGACCUGGUGCUGGAGGAGCGCCUGCGCUUCUGGGGCUCCGUGAAGGAGCGCUACGGCGUGGACAUGUCCUGCAUGACGGACUUCGCGCGCCGCUGCAUCAUGAACCGGGACAUCGCCGUGAGCGCGGUCGCCGUCGAGGACGUGCUCUCGCACCCGGCGCGCUUCGCCGAGCUGGACCUCCACGCCGUCACCGAGCAGGAGCUGCAGAACGUGCGCGGCACCUUCCGCUGCGACUGCUUCGGCUCGGCCUCCGUGAGCGCGCUCUGCGUCUGGUUCGCCGUGAGCUUCCCCGGCGGCGGCGGUGGCGGCGGCGGGGACAAGCCCCUGGUGCUGUCCACGUCGCCCUUCAAAGCCGAGACCCACUGGAAGCAGGCCGUGCUGUACCUGGACGAGCCGGUGGAGGUGGAGCAGGACACGCGCGUGGAGGGCGAGAUCCGCAUGUUCCCGUCGGAGGAGAGCGCGCGCCACCUCUGCAUCCACGUGGAGUGCGCCGUGGGGGGCCUCCGGCAGCAGAGCAAGACCUUCUCCAUCCCCGACGGCUACCCCGAUGUGCAGUGACCCCCUCCCUCCUCCUCCUGUAUCCGUGCGCUGUGUGUUUCAAUAAAUUAUAGAAUUCCCCCCCCCCCCUCUCUUGUGGUGUGAUCACUGAUGCUGUGGAGCGGCACCUCUGCGCCUCACG